UGCUGGUCGGCUGAUGUGCUGUUAUCUGUCUACACAUAACUUUGGCAAAAAUAUUAAAAAUAAGAAACUGUGCUCGUUUACGUAUUUAACAAGCCGGAAAAAAAUAGAAUAGAGAUUGGACAAACGCACGCGACAGCCACGACAGACACUGUGUGACACGAAUAUCCCCUGACGGUGCAGGUGUAUACCCGGGCUGAACGAUGUCCUUCUGCAUAAGGGGCAUCGCGAGCAAUGGCAGCAGGUACGUGGUACCGCAAAUCGUACAGGGAUGCACCGGUGGUGCGUCGGUACGACGUUUCAACAGCCGGCAGUUGCCCGUACCUGUAAAGUCCCAGACUGCAGCCACAACUGGCUUCCUCAAUGAGUUUUUGGGCUCCAACCUACAGCUGAGCUCAUCGUUUAGAACAAAGGAUGAGUGUCAAGUGGAGGGUGAAACAAGCUCGCCCGGUGCUAAUGUGCAGGUCGACGAGCUCUUUCAUAGUCAACAACCUGCCUGGGAAGUCGUUGAACAUGAUACUCAUCCGAUGUCGAGGUUGAAAGAGAGCCAUCAGCUGCUUAGUAAUCAGGAAGAGAACUGGUUGCACUUAAAUCGGAAGACGAGCUUGACAAGACUGGGGGAUCUACUGACCAAAGAUAGCGCCAAAGAUACCGGAGUACAGUUUUCGGUGGUACCAAAAAUUGCGGCUAUUCCCAAGGAGAAAAACGUACAGGCGUCGUCGACAGAAAAGAAUUUUGACAAGAAAACAAAUGAAGAUCUCACGCAUGUGUACGAGACGUUGAAGAUUGACUUUCCGGCAUUUUUUAUCAAAACAAUCAACUACAAGAUCUAUCAUCCUGAAAUCGAAUUUGUGAAUAACAUCAAAGGAGAAACUACCAAAGGUAUAUACCCUUAUGUUAAACAAAUGGCUUGGUUAAGGACAGUUGGACAUAUCAAGUACGCAUAUGUUAAAAUGGAUGUUCUUCAAAUUACAAUGCACACACAAGAUAACACUGUCAGGGUGCGCUGGCGUAUUAAUGGUAUAACUGGAAUCAGAGUAUUAAUUAAUUUUUGGAAAUUCAAAUUUUGGAAGAUAAGGGAAUCUUUGAAGGAAGCAGAAGCAUGGCAUGAUGGGUUCUCCACUUUUUAUGUUGGUGAUGAUGGGUUGGUGUUUAAACAUGUCGCUGAUAAAAUAAUGCCUGACGAAGAUGUGGACAUUGCUAAGCCCAAAGAUGGUAUACCGUCGAAGCUAGCCUCGCAACUCACAUUUUCCAGUCUCAAGUAAACUAGGUUCUCUUAAUUACUGCUCAUCAGUAAACCUGUACAUUUUUGUAUCAAGUCCUCAGUAGUUAAGAACACCUAUAUCUUUUACAAUCAAAGAUUACUAUGCUAAUAGUAUUAAUAAUGUAUAUUGUUAGUUGAUUGCAUUUUGAAUUUUGAAUAUGCAACGCAAGCAUAAUGCUCAACGUAGCGUAAUUACAAAGUAACGUGUUGUAAUGACCGUUAUGAUUUGUUAAAUAUUUGUCAAAAAAAGUAGGCUACUACCGCAGAACAAGUGUGCACCUUGUACUAAAACUAUUACAUCAUUGUCAAUUUUACUAUUUACAUUGCUAUCCUAUUAUUUACAAGCCUCGUUAGUUGUGAAUCAUAAGAAAAUUGUUGAGAAUUUAUCAAGUUUUAAAAAACUCAACUUAUUUUAUCCGUAUUUGUAGAAUGUUGCGUCGAAAGUGCUUAGUUACUACCUUACCGGCAGCUGUAGGUAACGAAAAGAAUUUAUUAAAGGAAAUCGAUUAAACACCAAAAGUUCUGAAUAAUAACGUUUAAUCGUAAACUCCAAAAAUUUACAAUAUCUAAAAUCUCAUAUUUACAUUAAUUCAUAGUUCAACAAUGUUAUUUGCGCAAUUCAUCAUAACUUUUUGUGCAUGUAUAAAUUUCUUGUGGCAUUGCAACCGCGACAGACAAAAUUUAACAUUUCGCGUGACCCGCUCAAAUUUUU